AUGAAGCGUCUCCCAAUGGCGCCUGCAUCUACUCUGUUUAUUUUCUUAAUUUUCGCUUCCACCACAGCACAGAAAGUAGGGGCUGCUCAGCAGCCUGUCACCUUCGGCAGCGCCAUCGCCCUUGUUCACGAGGCCUCCGGGCACAACCUUUCUUGUUCUUUGCCCUUAUAUGCAUCUUUCGCCGUCCCCUUCUGUGGAUUAUACCUAUGCUUGUCCUUACCUUUCUCUUCCAAGUUUCUCGUUCUGUGGCAUUUCGUUGUUCCUCUGACCCGUUGGCCCGUGGGCUCUGCAUUGUCUGUGUAUUCUCGUGUCCGCACAGCGCAGCCGGCUUCAGAGGCGUCGUCUUCUUCCAUGUGGCAAGUACGGCCGGUAGUCAACCCUAUCGUCGCCCCCUUUGACCCGUCAUCAUCAUCUUCUGUUUCUGCCUCUUCUUUGGGAUUCGGAGUUGGUGUCCCCGUCGCGUGCGGUUCGCGUGUAGUUCUUCAGCACGUCAACAGUCAGGCAGCACUGCGAGCAGGACAGGCUGAGGCCCCGUUGUCUCCUAACUACGAGGUGGGUUGA